GGAUGUACAAAACCCUCUUUUUUUUCUUCUUCCUCAGAAACCCAGAAGAAAAAACCCUCUGGCGGCUGCGAGACCCGUUGUUUCCCCUUCGCCACCAUCUCUCUCUCUUCUUUCUCUCUCUCUCUAUUAGGGUUUUCACCCCCACCUUUUCCUUACCAGUAUAAACCCUCAAUCCUCCUCUAUACCCAGUUCUUUGUUUUGGGAUUUUAGGGUUUUUUUGGUUCAUUUUUAUAUCAUCUCUGUCAACUUUUUUCGCUUUGCUUUAAUACCCUUGUUUGAGAUCUACUACUAUGGCUACUGUUGCUUCACCUCCUUCUACAGAUCAAGCUGCAGAUUUGCUUCAGAAGUUGUCAUUGGAUGCUCAGGCCAAGCCUGUUGAGAUUCCGGAGCCGACGAAAAAGCAAUCUGCUAAUCAGUAUGGGUCCAUUGAUUCUGGGAAUGCUGCUAUUAGUCAAAUUCCAAAUGAACGGUCUGUGACUCCAUUUUUACAGGAAUUCAUGGAUCCAAGCAUGUGCUAUCUUCCUAAUGGAUAUCCGUCUUAUUACUAUGGAGGGUUUGAUGGGACUGCAAAUGACUGGGAUGAUUAUUCAAGAUACACAAAUUCAGAUGGGGUUGAAAUGACUUCUGGAGUCUAUGGAGAUAAUGGAUCUCUUAUGUAUCACCACGGUUAUGGAUAUGGACCCUAUGGUCCUUAUUCACCUGCAGCUUCUCCGGUUCCCUCUAUGGGGAAUGAUGGCCAGUUGUACGGACCUCAGCACUACCAAUAUCCUCCAUACUUUCAGCCUCUUACUCCGACCAGUGGGCCGUAUACUCCUAGUCCCACAACAGUUCCUCCAACACAGGGAGACAUUUCUACCUCUGCGGCCACUGAGCAAAAGCCAAUUCCUGUGGAAACAACUAAUCCAAAUGGUACUGGCUUGACAAAUGGUGGGGGAACAAAGGGAAACAAUGGUGCAGCUCCGAUGAAAUCUUCAUAUCAAAAUUCAACAUUUGGUUCAAAUGCCUAUGCAAGGGGUGCUUUGCCAGGGCAUAUUCCUGCUUCUGGUUAUCAAGAUCCCAGAUAUGGCUAUGAUGGGUUGAGGAAUUCUUUCCCAUGGUCAGAUGGUCCACUGUACUCAGAUGGACAGUCUAGGCUUGUCAGUAGCUCUACUAUUACCUCUUCUAUCUCAAAUGCAAACAACAUACCUUCUUCAAGGAGUCCAAGCUUCCGUCCCGGAUCUCACUAUGUAGGUUUUCCUCAUCCUAGACCCAUGUCAGGAAUGAAUACCACCCAGGGUUAUAUAAACCGGAUGUACCCCAAUAAGUUGUAUGGUCAAUUUGGAAACACAGUGAGAUCUGGUGUAGGGUUUGCCUCACAUGGUUAUGAUUCAAGAACUAAUGGGCGUGUGUGGCUUGCGGUGGACAACAAAUUUAAGCCUAGGGGUCGAAAUGGUGGGUAUUAUGGAUAUGGAAAUGAGAAUAUGGAUGGUUUGAAUGAACUGAAUAGGGGACCAAGAGCUAAGGGUAGCAAGAACCAGAAGGGAUUUGUGCCUAGUGUUCUAGCUGUGAAGGGGCAACUUUUACCACCAAUGAACGCUACAGAUGAGGAAGAGAAAGAUAAGGUGUCUACUCCAGACCGUGAUCAAUACAACAAAUCAGAUUUUCCUGAAGAAUACGCUGAGGCCAAAUUCUUUGUUAUUAAAUCAUACAGUGAAGAUGAUGUGCAUAAAAGUAUCAAGUAUAAUGUUUGGGCUAGUACACCUAAUGGCAACAAGAAACUUGAUGCUGCAUACCAGGAAGCUCAAGAGAAGGCUGGUGGUUGUCCCAUUUUUCUUUUCUUUUCGGUCAAUACCAGUGGGCAAUUUGUUGGCCUUGCUGAGAUGAUUGGACCAGUCGACUUUCAGAAGAACUUGGAAUACUGGCAACAAGACAAAUGGAACGGCUGUUUCCCUGUUAAGUGGCAUGUAGUGAAGGAUGUUCCCAACAGUCUUUUGAAACACAUCAUUCUUGAAAACAAUGAGAACAAGCCCGUUACCAAUAGCAGAGACACACAGGAGGUCAAGCUGGAGCCUGGCCUUAAGAUGGUUAAAAUCUUUAAGGAGCAUGUGAGCAAAACAUGCAUAUUGGAUGAUUUUGGUUUCUACGAGGCUCGACAAAAGACAAUCCAAGAAAAGAAAGCCAAGCAGCAGCAGUUCAAGAAACAGGUUUGGGAAGGGAAGCCUACUGAUGAGAAGAAGGAAGUUUCUGAAGUAGUGGAUGUGAAAACACCAAAGCCAGUUGAAGCUACAAAUGAUUUGGUAAAGGAGGAAACAAAGAUCUCAGAGAAUGGAUCAGUUUUGAAAACUGUAGAUGCCCCAAAGGGCAGCGCAAAACCAGUUACAACAACACCAUCAGAGAAGAGAAGUGGUGUAGCAAACGGAUACUAAGUGUGCGGGUGGUGGUUUAGCUGUCUUCUUCUCCCCCUCCUCCUCUGCCUGCAGUUUAAUGGAAGCUUCUUGGUACAAGGAGUUUUGUCAAAAGUUUUGCUGCUUUGGAUAUAUAAAAAAAGGAACAAGCUACUGGCUAGUUUCUCUCCAUACUUAUUUUGGCUACAAUUAUGGAAUAUGUCUCUUCUUGCUUUUGCUAGUCUCCAGAAUGAAUCCACAAUACUACUGAUGAUGAUGCUUUUUAGAUUUUUUACAAAAUCAAUGGGUGGUGAGAGCUGAGUUAAAAUGAUGACGAUGAUGAGAUGAUGAUGAUGCAGUCAGGUCUCAGUUCAUUAGACAACAUCUCUUCUUUUUGAGUUCUAUUAUUUUAAGUGGGUGGCAAUUUUAACAGGGUUUUGGUUUCUAGGAUUGUAGCUUUUCUUUUUCUUUCUUUUUCUCCUCUUCUAGUGUUUAGUGGCUUUUUUUUCCUCCUCAUAUCUAUUAAGAUCAAGUUCUUUUUA